CAAACUCAAUGAGCUGGGCAGUAGUUCAUCCAUCACUUUCAUGUUGCAGAAGAACAAGUUCAUUCUCAUUCAUUCUGUUGACUUGUUCCGCAAUAGUAAAGGCAUUCAUUCAUUGAUCUAUUCACCAUGAUGACAAUUCCUGUUUCCUCCAUUGCCAAGACAUGGCAACACUACCGAGGCACCUUGUCUUGCAGCCCCAAGGCGAGAGCCAUUCUCAGCAUGGCUUUGGCGAGUGCCAUUCAUUUUGCCGGAUAUGAAUACGCCAGAACUGGGACAUUGACGCUCGUCACGUCGGAACGAACGGGCUUUUCCAAUUCUUCCGUUGUGCCCUUUGCCUUGGGAUUUGUCAGUCCGAUAUCGUUGCUACUGCUGUGGCUCUACGCCAGAAUGCUAGACUACUCGGGACCCAACAUUGCCUUGCGGAACUGCCAUCUCGCAUACGCAUUGAUUCUCUGUCUAGGUGGACUUUUCCUACAAGCCAUUGAUCCAGUACUACUACCUCUCAACAUGUAUCAUCAAUGCAGUCGAUUCUUCCUAUUCGCACUCUUUGUGCUCGAAAAUGGAUUUGUGCAAUUGCUCUUUACACAACAUUGGGCAUUUAUGAGUUCCAUUCAGACGCGAGAACAAGCCGCGAUCUGGUUUGCACCCAUUGCUGGAAUUGGAUCCAUUGCAUCCACGGCUGCUGCAUUUACCGUCGCGCCAUUGACCGAUUACAUGGGAUUGCCCGCAUUGCUCAUUUUAGCAGGAAUUAGUAUUGGCGCCAGUGCCUUUUUUGCCAUGGAUGCCUACCAUUUGGCAGAGCAGCACGGAUUCGAACCAUCACCCAAAGAAAAUGAAAAGAAAACCAUUGCCAAGAAUGAUGGCAAGAAUCUAUUCCAACGAGCCAUUGCGCUCUUUCAAAGAGUGCCCUUGCUCGGAGCGCUAUGCUUUGAAGUUAUCUUCUCCCAAGCACAAUCGUCCUUGCUCAAUUCACUCUUUGUACUCAAACUCAAAGAUUCCAUUCCGGAAGACGACGAGAGAGCAAGGUAUACCGGAAAUUGUUAUGCCUGCAUAAACGGAUUCAGUGGAGUGCUACAGUUUCUUGUACUGCCAUUCUUGGCCAGACGACUCAACAAUCGACAAUUGUGGCUCGUCAUGCCUACCAUCAUGACGGUUUGUGCUGUUUUCAUCAGCCUGCAACAUGCCGGGAGUAUUCACUCCGUGUCGGGAUCUUUUCUUCUUAUGAAAGCCAUGGAGUAUUCCGUACGAGGAGUAACAACAGAAAUGGUUUACGUGAAUUUGGACUACGAAAGUCGAUUCCUGGGCAAAGAGAUUAUUGGCGUCUUUGUGAAUCGUGUGGGCAAGUCGUUGGUAGCGAUUGGUCUCUCCCUUGUGACCGUCUACUUUGGAUCGCAGUCAGGGUUGCAGUAUCUGUCAUUGGCGCUGGUGGCAGUGGCUGCUGGAUGGCUCUUGGUGACGUACCGAUUGACAACCUUUCUCGAGGAUUCACCUUCAAAAGAGAAGCAACAAUACCGGAGUGCGCCGGCAGCAACAUCCAAAUCCAAGAAAGAGUAGAAAUCUGUAGAACGAAAGAAAAAGCAAGGAGGUUUGGUCGGAAGCAGCAACUUUGCCCUUGUGCACGUGUGCAUGGCUGGUCCGUCGAAGGCCACAGACACAUGGCCGCGGAGGAUGCUUCAUGCAUCAUCAGACCACGUCAUUGGCAUGUACCAUGCAGAAGCCCGAAUCAUUCAAAAAUUGAAUCGAGAUGAACUCCGAUCUUUCAAGACCUGAUGAUUACAGUUAGGUCGAGGCCGUCCAGGUUUGCGUUCCCGGCUUCUUGGUGCAUGUUUCUAUUGCCUGCUGAAUAUUUUCCAUUCAAUGAACAUUCAAUGAAUGGAUACACUUUGCUAUGUUCUACCUUUCAAGCGUGUAUAAAUCUGCAUUAUGCUUCUUGGUGUGUAUAGUCGGCUCCUAAUCGACGGGCAUACCGGUACCCGCGAACAUAUCGA